GGAAAUGGAAGCAAAUGCAUCAUUUUAUGAGAGCCUAGUAUAGUGAGGCAGUGACGGAUGUUGCGAGCUUGCGCAUAACUGAAACGAUACCACGACAGCACUUCAUUUAUAUCCGAUUCAUAUGUACCGUAUCGAAGCACUACCGACUGAUUGCGACCACCUUGGGCGGUGCAUACCGCUCGAGGGCCGAAGCCCAUAUGCUGUUCAAGACAGGGUAGGCCGUGUCCAUACGUACUCGAUUCCGUCUCAUCUCUCUGUAUUGCUUUUUUUUGGACAUGAACCAGUUUCCCACCUGGCGAACGGCGUACGAAUGAAAAAUAAAAAAGCGGCAUCUAGGGCGCAAGACCACUUGGAUUUUCCGUAUACCAAGAAGACACAUUACUGUGAAAGAGAUGGGUCGGGCAGCCGGCGGUGUUCUGGAGUCUCGGAGGGGGGCUGCCAUUUUACGCCACAAGAGUUUCCAGUUCUUCAAGUCAUCUUCUGCACAAUUUUUCUCCAUUGCAAUGUCCAUAUUUUCAACUUAGCCACGCAUGAAUAUUCAUUGUCCCCUUGGUCGGAAAAAGGAUUGUGGAGCCGCGCGGGAAGAACACCCGCCAGGACCUCUUCGAUAUACUGCAUAUUGAGCUAUAUAGUCCAAUCUACUCGGCUAUGGUUAGAACACACUAUAUUCACUCAUCAAUCUAGUCGACUCUUAUAUCAUAUGCUUUUCUCUUAUUUUUUCAACACCUGUACGCCAGUAUUACAGUGACACGAUCCGUUGGUAAGUACACGCAUUAGCCUUGCGCAUCAUGGCAAGUGAAGGUAUAUCAUGCUGUCAAUAUUGGGUUCCGCAUAACAAGCGAAACCGCUUAGUACUGUAACCCUUUUGCGACAACUAGCCUAUCUAGUUAAGACAUGUCCCGCAGCUAGGUUGUCAGCAGCAUGAAACUCUCCAUACAUCUGUGUAUGUCUGUUUGUUGAUUGCGCGAAUUUUAAUUGUUUAUUCCUUUUUUUUUCUUUGCUUUUCUGUUUGUCUCUUUCGUCGCUCUAACUGUUCAAACACUCUUGCCGUGGGCUAAGUACCGAGGGCGCGAGGGUGUAGCGUGGAUGUAGAUAGGCAAGGGGGGAAAAUUGCAUG